AUGUGGAAAAAGGCAACAAGAGUGAGCAAAAUGUCAUUAAAGCACAUCUGCUUCUUCCUCUGCGCUCUGAUUGCACCAAAUCUCACGGGAAUUUUAGGUGAAGAUGCUUUGUUGCCAACACCUCAGAAUAUCUCUAUUCUUUCUACCAACAUGAAACACUUCUUAACUUGGAGUCCUGUGAUCAUCCAGGGAGAAACUGUGAGAUACUCUGUGGAGUUUCAGGGUGAAUAUGAACGCGAGUAUGCCAAUGAGAGCUGGAUUCCAAUCUGUGAAUGUUCACUCAUCACAGCCACAGUGUGUAACAUCACAGAAGAUAUUUCAGCCACUGUGGCCUAUAACCUGCGUGUAAGGGCAGAUGUUGAUGCUAGAAGAUCAGAGUGGGGCACCCUGAAAGGUUUCUUCAAUCGCAUCACAACUUCCCUGACCCCACCUCUGAUGAAGGUCAUAGCAGAUGGGUAUCAUUUACUAGUGGAGCUGGAAGACAUGGGGCCUGCUUUUCAGCUCCGUGUGCUCUACUGGAAGAAGGGCCAGGAGAGUAGGAUGCAACAGAAACUGGUGAAAGAGGUCAGCCCAGUUGUUCAUCUGGACACCAUGGAGGCAGGACCUGAUUAUUGUGUAAAAGCUCAGACGUAUGUCGAGGCAAUCAACAGAAGUAGCAGCUUCAGCCAGACACAGUGCGUGAGGGCACAAGGUGGGACAUCCAUGUGGCUGGUUACUGCCCUCAUCUCUGCUGGCUUUGCUGUGGCUGCUUUGGCCCUGCCUUUCCUUACCUGGAAAACAAGUAAAAUCUUUCAGUAUUCCUGCUGCCCUCUUGCAGUCCUGCCAGACACACUGCAAGUACCAGAGCCCCCCACCCAGCUGGUACUUUGCGGCAAUGAAGAAGCUGAGCAAUGUGAUCUUAUGGUGCGUGUGGUGCCCUCAGAAGAAGUUCUCCGACUGUGGAUUCAAGAAACACUUUAG